AUGGCCGAUCUUGCAGAGUUUUACGAAGGCACGGCGGACCUCGGCGCGGCAGACAACGACGUAGACGCGUGUGAUGCUGACGAAGCAGACGAGUCGGCAUGGCAGCACCACGAGUGCGAGGUGGUCGUGUGCCUCGUGGAUUGCAGCACGGAGAUGUUUCGCUGCUCCCCUCCACCACCGACGCGAUCAAAUGAAGCGGUGCCGGACGCUUCUGGCUCCACCCGACUGCCCGGUGAAGGCGACCCGUCACCUCGGGCCGGCAACAGCCUCAGCAGCUCUUCCACACAAGGCAGCAGCAACAGUAACGGCAUCACGGAGGCGGAGACCAGCACGCCUACGACCGCGUCGUUUUUCUCGAUGACUCUGCAAAGCAUUCGCACGCUGCUCACGGAGAAGAUCGUGUGGACAAACAAGGACAAGGUGGCGGUGGUGCUCUACAACACCCGCGAGUGCGCCAACGCGGCGGCCUUUUCCGGCAUCUACGUAACGCAAGACGCCACGCACAUUGGGACGCAGUGCAUCCAGCGUGUGGAGCACCUGGGCGCUGCGGGGAAUUACGGAUCUCCUGCCUACGACGAGUUUGUCAAGACGAUUGGUCACGUGCCUCGCCCGGCGCCGAGCAGACAGCCCAGGGGCGAUCCGGAUGCGUCUGUUCAGGCGGGUGGUGCUGCCGUCUGUCGCUUCAGCGACGUGCUCUGGGUGGCACGGCAUAUAUUCCUGAACGCCUGUGAACCGGAAACGAUCCAACACCAGCGGCUGUUCGUGUUCACCAACGAGAGCGAUCCUACGCAGGGGCGCUCGGGUGAGUGGAAGCAGUGCCGUGAGCGGGUGCGUGCGUUGGCUGAUGUGGGGGCCACGCUGGAGGUGUUUGGGUUCGGUGACAGCGCCAGGCCGACUUCGACAGGGGCGGGCAUUCUUGCCGAUCCCACCUCCAUCCCAAUAAGCGACGUGGCCCACGACGAUCCCAACCAAAUAGCUCACUCCUCUUUUGCACUCUUGACUGCUGCUUCUCCCACCGCUUCUUAUGACGCUGACAGAGCCGCCUUCGACUCAACGUUCUUUUGGGAGCCGCUGUUGAAGGAGAUGGAGGUGCCAUCGGUACAACCCACAGCACAAUCCCCUGGCGAAAGGAAUGCCCCCGUUGCUGCUACUGCUGCUCUUGCUGCUGGCCGUCCUGAAGCUUACGUGAGCGGCAGUGGCAUGGGUGCGGUGCACAUCCACGCAGGUACGGCGGCCCUCCAUCAGCUGCUGAGCACGGUGGCCCGUCGUGCGCAUCCGCAGCGGCCCUUCCGCCGUUGCUUGCUGCGGAUCGGCAGACUGAUCGGACAGGACGAUGGAGGCGGACCGGCCGCUGCCACCGCACCGCGCAUGGCGGUAAGCCUCUACACUCCUCUCCUACGUGCCCGGCCGCCCCCGCACGAGUGGCUGGAUCGGCAAACAAACCGAGCCGUGCGGCGUGUGGUCCACCUGCACACCUGCAAAGACGACGCGAGGGAAGAAAAGGUCGACGAGACGGCGGAGGUGGAGGUCAGCGUCGAACAACUUGGCUGCUACGCGAAGGUGGGCGGGGAUCGGGUGUGCUUCACGAAGCAGGAGCGCCAAAAGAUCACGGAGGUGGCCGCGGGUGACGCAGAGGCCGGCUUCACGAUUCUGCUCUUCAAGGACGUAAAGGAUGUGCUGCAACACGCGCACGUUGUCCGCCGCUCGUCCUUCCUGCACGUCUGCGUAGAGAAGGGCGGCCCGCGGUCGCACCACUUGUUUGUUCUGCUGGUGCGCCGCCUCCGAGCAAAGGGGAGGGCCGCCAUUGCACAGUACCGCAGUACGACUACCGCGGCGCCGCGUCUUGUGGCGCUCGUCCCUUCACCGGACCUGCGCAGCGACCCUGCAAAACGGUAUCAGGUCCCGGCGGAAGGGCUGGGCUUGUACGUCGUACCCCUGCCCUUUGCCGAGGACCUUCGCCGUGUGCCACAGUUAAGCUCCUGCGCCUUGGCGAGCCGCCUAAGCACGCCGUGCCUGGAGGACAGCAGCGUCGACCCGGCGCAUUUGGAGCUGGCAAAGGAGGUGGUCGCCGCGCUCACCGAGCCGUACAACACCGAUGACAGAAGGAACCCCGCCUUGCAGCGGCAGUACGCCGUGCUGCAGCGUCUUGCCCAGCAACGUUAUCCCUUGCACCACAGCAUCUUUGAGUCCGACGACGAAAUGUCAAGCUGGGUGGCGGAGGGGAAUGGUGAGGAGAAGGAGGGCAAUGAGGUGGAGGUGGCGGAUGCAGAGCCGCAUGUGGUGGAUAGCACCGUGCUGAACCCAAGCAAGAUGCUUUCACACGCCCACUGCUUCCACGUCUUCAACAGAGAGGUUCUAGGGAGUGACUACAGUGCAGCAGCGUACUGCCCUCCUCCGUCCUCCGCACCGCAUGCCGUGCGCCGUCCACGCACAGGCAGCAACACCGUUGUUGCGGAGGGUAUGGGAGGUAGCGGGGUGGGAGACGAGGUGAUGCUGGGCCGCAUCAAAGGCGCCAUCCGUGAUGCAGCCGCGCGCAAUGCGUGGGACUUGCUAACAGUGUCGCUGUUAAAGGAGUACCUAUCCUUGGUCGGCGUCAACGUCGGCGCAGCACGGCGCAAGGCGGACCUUAUUGAACUGGCCAAGACUCAUGUACUCGCUUCAACACCCUCAACGUGA